AUGAUUACAUUAAAAAUAUCUGGAUUUGACGUUAAACUACAUGAAGAACACGAUUUUAGUUGGUUCAAUGAUCGAUUUUCACAUCUAUUCUGUAUUUUCGAUCAACAAGACUCGGGAAAUUUGUCUUUUGGUUGUGUAGACCUUCAAACUAAUCAACGUGUUUUUGUCAAAUAUGCCGGAGCACGUCCAGAAUGUUUCGAGGGUGAUCCAUGCGAGGCAAUCACUCGUCUUCGUCAAGCAGCUGAAGUCUAUAAAGCUUUACAACCACAUGAACAUCUCAUUCCAAUGGAAACAUCAUUUUCAACCAGUAAUGGUUUUGCUUUAGUUUUUCAAUGGUUUGAAAAUAGUGAAUGUCUCCAUCCACAUUGGUCCUAUCCUCCACCGCGCAAAUACACCGAUAUUCGAUCACCUUAUUAUCGUUUUCGACAACUUUCACUCAAACAACGUUUCGAUGCACUCGAUACUAUUUUUACUUUUCUCGAACAUGUCGAUCGGUGUGGCUAUGUGGCAAUUGACUUCUACGAUGGAAACAUGUUAUAUAAUUUUGAGAUAUAUGUGAUGAAAAUUUGUGACAUUGACUUUUUUGAAAAGAUGCCUUGUCAACCAAAUCAACCACCAUGGGGUUCACCGCGUUAUUUAGCACCAGAAGAGAAUCAGUCGAAUUCAAUACUUGAUCAUAGAACGAAUGUUUUUCGAAUGGGUGCUUGUGCUUUUGGAUUACUUGGUGGCGAACUCAAUCACUCAUUUUCACUUUGGGAUGCUAACGAACUCUUGUACACAAUAGCUUUGCGUGCUGUUGCUUUGAAUCCAUUGGAGCGUCAUUCCAAUAUUCCCGAGUUUCUCUUCGAAUGGCGAAAUGCUAUUUCUUCGGUAGAAAACAGCAUCCAGCGCAACACAAGAAAUACAUAG